AUGACCAUCCCGCAAACCUUCAAGCAAGCCAUCUUCAAAUCUGCCGGCACCCCACUGGUCAUCGAGGAAGCACCUCUCACGCCGCCCGGCUCCAAUGAAAUUCUUGUGAAGGUGGAAGCAUGCGGUGUUUGCUUCUCGGAUGUAUUUGCGCAGAGUAACGUUAUGGGUGGGGGAUUUCCCAUCGUCCCCGGUCAUGAGAUUAUCGGCCGUGUAGCUGCCAUUGGAGAUGAUGUCUCUGGUUGGACCGUCGGGGAUCGUAUCGGAGGGGGCUGGCACGGAGGACAUGAUGGAGCAUGCAAAGCCUGCCGCAAAGGCUGGUACCAAAUGUGCAGCUCGCAGGUCGUCAAUGGCGAGACCAAGAAUGGCGGAUGUACGUCUUCCCCCGUUCCUCUUCCUUUCCCCCGCGCAUUCCUGGAAAUGGUGUUGAUUUGGUUCGUUGCAGAUGCGGAAUACUGCCUCCUCAACCCAGAAGCUGCUGUCCGCGUUCCCUCCCACGUCCCAGCCGCAAAGUAUGCCCCCAUCCUCUGCGCCGGCGUCUCCGUCUUCAACUCCAUCCGGCACAUGAACGUCCCUGUCGGCGAGACUGUUGCCAUUCAAGGCCUCGGCGGUCUGGGCCACCUCGCCAUCCAGUACGCCAAUAAAAUGGGAUACCGGGUGGUUGCGAUCUCGCGAGAUGCAACAAAGGAGAAGUUUGAAGACGCCGGGGUCACGCUGCAGAAGCUGGGCGGGGCAUCGCUGGUCGUUUCGACAGCGCCAACGGCUGAGGUGAUAAGUCCGUUGUUGAAGGGGCUGGGGAUUUUGGGGAAGUUGUUGAUGUUGUCAGUGCCGGGUGAAGUCCCCGUUGAUACGGCCACCAUGCUUAAAUAUGGCCUCUCGGUGCAGGUUUGGCCCUCUGGCCAUGCCACCGACUCGGAAGACACGAUUGCGUUUACCGAGCUACAUGAGAUCAAUUGUAUGGUGGAGGAGUUUCCUUUAGAAAAGGCGAACGAUGCGUUUGAGGCAAUGACGAAGGGAAGCGUCAGGUUCCGCGCAGUUAUCACCAUGGAUUAA